AUGACGGACACGAGCAAGUACAAGUUUAACCAUACCAUGCUGAGGGUCAAGGACCCGAAGGAGAGCGUCAAGUUCUACGAGUUCUUGGGCAUGAAGCAGGUCAACAAGUUCGAGUUCCCAGACAACAAGUUCGACCUUUACUUCAUGGCAUACGACUCUCCCAAAGCCGUCUCCCACUCCAACCACUGGACCGACCGAGAAGGCAUCAUCGAGCUCACGCACAACUACGGCACCGAGAACGACCCGAACUACAAGUCCUGCAACGGUAACAAAGAUCACGGAAAAGGAUUUGGACAUGUCUGUAUCAGUGUAGACAAUAUCCAAGCGGCUUGUGCUCGGCUGGAAGAUGCGGGAUACAAGUUUCAGAAGAAGCUGAAGGAUGGACGCAUGCAUCAUAUUGCUUUUGCGUUGGAUCCUGAUGAGUAUUGGGUCGAGAUCAUUGCGAAGAAUGAUGUUGAAAAGACUGAGAAUGUCAAGGAGACGGAUGUGGAGACUUACAACAUGAACCACACGAUGAUCCGUGUAAAGGACAAGGACGUCAGUCUGAAGUUCUACCAAGACAUCUUCGGCAUGAGCCACCUUCGAACUCACGAAUCACCCAACGCUGGCUUCAACCUCUACUUCCUCGGCUAUGGCUCCAAGCCCAAGGACGACACAUCUGCAAACGGCGUCAACCCAACCGCAGACCGCGAAGGACUCCUCGAACUAACGUGGAACUACGGCACCGAGAAGGAAGAAGGCAAAGUCUACCACGAUGGCAACUCUGAUCCUCAAGGAUUCGGCCAUAUCUGCGUGAGCGUGGACGAUCUGGAUGCGGCUUGCCAGCGAUUCGAGGAGAAGGGUGUGCAAUGGAAGAAGAGGUUGACGGAUGGGAGGAUGAAGAAUGUUGCGUUCGUGCUCGAUCCGGAUGGCUACUGGAUUGAGAUCAUUCAGAAUGAGAAGCACAAGGCCGCACCUGGGAAGUACUAG